AUGGAUCUCUUGGAGAGUGCAUUCCAGAAGCUCCGCGAUGUUCCAGAAAACUUCGAUGGAAGCAUCGCGACGGUCGUGUUUGAUGACUCUGUCGACGUUCUGGUGUACUGCUGCGUGUUGUACGUCCUCCUCGUGUUCGUAGUGCCAGAGUAUGUGAUGAAGAACCGUGCCCCGCUGAACCUGCGGCUGCCUUUCAUUCUUUGGAACCUGACGCUGUGUGUCUUCUCCAUUUUGGGCGCGAUGUCGUGCGUGGCACUCCUGACGUUCCUCGUCAACGACCGUGGUUUUUACCGGACGACGUGUUUCUUUGACAAGGAACUCAUCUUCAACGGGAAGUACGCCUUCUGGGUCUUCUACUUCGUCCUGUCCAAGAUACCGGAGAUGCUGGACACAGCCUUCCUCGUCUUCCAGAAGAAGCCGGUGAUCUUCCUACACUGGUACCACCACCUCACGGUGAUGCUCUUCUGCUGGCACGCGCAUGUAACAAGGAUAAGCAGCGGCCUGUGGUUUGCCACGAUGAAUUACUGUGUGCAUUCCAUCAUGUACUUUUACUACUUUGUGUGUGCGUGUGGGCUGCGCAAGAUCAUCCGCCCCAUCGCCCCGCUCAUCACAAUGUUGCAGAUCCUGCAGAUGGUGGUAGGCACGUUCAUUGCACUCUACACAUGUAUUCAGCGGCUCACGCACCCCCGUGGCUGCGACACCAACGAUACCAGCAUCCGCCUCGGUCUGAUGAUGUACGCUAGCUACCUCUUCCUCUUCGCGCGCUUCUUCGUGGACAGGUACUACACGUCACCCAGCCGGAGCGUCAAGCGGGUGGUGAAUAGAGCGAUUGCGCUGGAGAUGGAGCGCGCGAAAAGUUUAAAAGGCGCGUGA